UAUUUCCGUCGGUCGUAGCUAAUCAAGAUGGCGUCUCAGCAGCAGCAGCCCGGUGGGCCGAUGUCUCAACCCGGCUUACAACAACCAUCUUCGUUACAGCAACAACAGGGCCAGCUGAGUCAACAACAAGACUUUGACCCAGUUCUCAGAUUUAAAAUGCUCAUUCCGCAGCUUAAAGAGAGCUUGCAGAACCUAAUGAAGAUUGCAUCCAUGAACUUGAGCCACAAUACGACAAUUGAUAACGGCAUAAAAAGCAGCGACGCAUCUGUGCAGCGAUUUGACAAAAGCCUAGAAGAGUUUUACGCCCUCUGCGACCAGCUGGAGUUGUGUUUGCGGCUGGCGUAUGAGUGCCUCUCGCAGAGCAUCGACAGCGCCAAACAUUCACCCAACCUGGUCCCAACUGCCACCAAGCCAGACACGGUGCAGACGGAGUCCAUGUCCUAUGCCCAGUACCUCAGCAUGAUCAAGUCUCAGAUAUCCUGUGCCAAAGAUAUCCACAACGCUCUGCUGGAGUGUUCCAAGAAGAUCGCAGGGAAGGGACAGCCCCAGGGGAUCAUGUAGACUCGCUGUUCCAGCUCUUUCUGAACCUGGACUUUUGUUAAAGGUGAUGAAGUUUAGUAUUUGAAGCUGAUGCACACUUAAAUCUCAGUUUUGCUCUACGUUGGCCAUGGAAGAUGCCACUUCAUGUCACAAGAUGCUGUAGCUCAACUUGCUGUAUGACAAUUUGAGCUAUUUUUUUUUUAAGUUAUGUUUCUUGUAAACACUGUAAAUAUUCCUGAGAAAAAUCAUGAUGUAAGAUGACCAGCAGGUGGUGGAAGAGCCAAGAAAGUCUUUUGUAGAAUAUUUGUAUUGACUAUUAAACCUUUCUACUUAUA